AUGGACUUCAGUCACGAGCAAGCAAUUGGAGGCCCCUGUCGAAAAUGCAAAGAGAACUGUCCAGGAUUUGAACUACACUUCUGGAAGAAAAUAUGUCGUAACUGCAAAUGUAGGCCAGAAGAGCAUGACAUACUCCUGAGCACUGAGGAGGAAAAGAAAGUGGGGAAACUCUUUGAAGAUGACAAGUAUAUCAACCUGAUCGCCAAGCUGAAGUCAGAGGGAAUUCCAGUGCAUAAGCGCAGUGCUAGGAUGUUGACCAAACCAGAUGCUGCCAAGAAGAAAGUCUCUGUCAACACUUUUACCCCUGGGUGUGCUUUCCCCUUCCAGAAGCAGGCACUGCCCUGGAAGUACAUGCAGAAUCAGCCUAAGGAGAAGAAGCCAGUGUCAGUUUCAGAGGAGGCACAACAUCGGAAGAAGCAGCUGGCGAAGCAGCUCCCUGCACAUGACCAGGACCCUUCUAAGUGCCAUGAAUUGUCUCCCAAAGAGGUAAAGGAGAUGGAGCAGUUUGUGAAGAAAUACAAGUAUGAGGCUCUGGGAGUGGGUGACAUGAAGCUUCCCUCUGAGGUGAAUGUUCAACUAUACAAGACUCACAACCCUGCAGGAGUCAGAAACACCCCAGCAGUAGUGGGUUGCAAGGUCAAGUCUAUGGAGCCUAAGAAGGCCCAAUAUUCCUGUUACUGGUGCAAACGUGCCAUAAAGGAAGGACACCCAGCAGUCUUUGCUGAAAAGGCCGGCUAUGAUAAACUCUGGCACCCAGGUUGUUUUAUCUGCAGCACCUGUGGGGAACUCCUGGUCAACAUGAUUUACUUCUGGAAGAAUGGGAAGCUAUACUGUGGCAGACAUUACUGUGACAGUGAGAAGCCCCGCUGUGCUGGCUGUGAUGAGCUGAUAUUCAGCAAUGAAUACACCGAAGCAGAAAACAAGAAUUGGCAUCUGAAACACUUCUGCUGCUUUGACUGCAACUGCAUCCUGGCAGGAAAAUUGUAUGUUAUGGUCAGUGACAAGCCUGUGUGUAAGCCCUGCUACAUGAAGAACCAUGCUGUAGUGUGUCAAGGAUGCCACAAUGCCAUCGACCCAGAAGAGCAGAGGUUGAUGUACAAUAACUUCAGCUGGCAUGCAUCCACAGUGUGUUUCCUAUGCUCCUACUGCAGGAAGUGUCUUUUUGGGCGGAAGUUCAUAUCUGAAAAGGGGAUUGUAUUCUGUUCCAUGGAGUGUAAGAAGAUGAUGUCCUAA